AUCCCGGUUCGUGGGAUCCCAGUCGCGUCCCGACCGUUUCCGAGUGCGUGCGUGUUCCCAUAUGUUUCUUAUCUCCUGGUACUUUUGGAACCAAUAAACUAGAUUAAUAGUUUCAAAUUUAGAGCGAUGGUCAAACAAGUCAUUUAAUUAAAAUUUAAAACAAUGGAUACAGACAUAAAAUAAUUGUGUAAUAACCAAAAACAUAAGUACCUAUAUAAAAACUGUUUCGGAACUGUAAAUGAUGGAAAGGAAGAAGUGUUAAGUGAAGAUGAGACUAACUGUGGACAAUCUGUCGAGAACUAUAAGGACUCCAGUAUGGUGCUUAAUAGUGAUCAUGGUGAUUAUAGCGGUGGAAGUGAGCAGCUUGAAUGGACCCAAUGUCUGCAUUGAGAAGCAAAAGUACAACAUAACAAAACGUGUGAAGUACCGAGCACCGAUGUCCGUUCGUACGUACGUGUGGUGCUUCGCAAUGCCCCCAAGAUGCUCACGGUGGAAUACCGAGAUGAGGGAUCUAACCAGACUCGAAACAGAAGAACGAACAGCAGAGAUGGUUGUAUGUUGUCCCGGAUACAAAAUGAAAGAUAUCUCCUGCGUUCCUAUUUGCCCGCAUGGAAAGACUGGACAUGGAUGUACCGAAGACUGUCCACCGAACAAAUGGGGCCCCAGCUGCGUAAAUGACUGCAGAAAAUGCAAGAAUGGUAUUUGUUCACCAAUUACAGGAGAAUGCCUAUGCCAAGAUGGAUGGCAAGGUGAGAGUUGCGAUAUCAUCAUUCCUACAACAACGCCUGCGGUGCCAAUGAUGGAGCAAAUACUAACAUCUGUAAAAACUACCGCUUCUACUAAAACUACUUCCCUAUCUACAAUCACACCUACAACUAUUAGAAGUACCACUAUUGUGGUUGCUACAUCUACGUUACCAACGACUACUAUGGUUUUGUCUACGAAAGCAACUGUUCCUAAUACUACAAUAACUUCUACUACAAACACAAUGGACGAAUCAAAAACCACUACUACAGUUUCCAAACCUGCUAUUGUAUACAAGAACAUGAGUUUGUCCGAUAUUUCUAAGAUGGCAGCAUACAAUCCUGUCAACAACGAUGAGAAAACUGAUGUACAUUUGAUUAAGAGUGUACCUGUUAAUCAAACAAAAACGAAAGAUACGUUUAAAACAGUACCAACUACAAGUAUAACGUUAAGUUCUGAAUCUGCAACAUCAAACGCCGCUACGGAACAUAAAAUGUUACUAACAACUCUUACUGAGAUAAGAGCAUCGACAGCAGUAACAACAAUGUUAACUACAGUUAUUCCAAAGACAUCCCCUACCACUGAAAAAAUAACAACAAGCGAAUUAGAAAAAACUACAACAAGAACGGAAAUAACAAGACAACCCGAAAUGACUGUUAGACAACCAACUACUAUCAAGUUCAAACCAAAGGAAAUAUGGAUACGACCAGCUCAAAAAGAACCAGAACACAUAACUGCCGUAAUGGGAGACAAAGAAAAGGACCGCCCGUCAGUAGAUCUCAUAUCUGUUAUAAGUAUUGCUGGAGGAGUAAUGAUGGCAAUUAUUACAGUAGCUGUGAUUAUAGUAAUGGUAGAAAGGUGUAAGAAACCGAGAUACGAAGAUGUAAGGAAAUAUAAUGAUAUUCGAAUGCAGGUCUUGAUAGAUAAUAAUGAUGUCCCACCGCCGCCGUAUGUGAGAAGCAUCUUUCAUACUCCUUUACCAGAACCUCCAACUUCAGAAAAAUGUCACUACCAACCAAUUUCAACUCUGGAUCGAAAUCUCAAGCAAUUCAUGAGGCCGGUUGUUGUUCAAACAAUUUCACCCCUUAUGCUAGAAAAUUUUCGAGGUAUUCUGGAAUGCCAUUAUGACCAUUUACCAAGACGAAGUCACGACUUAGACACUAUGCAAGCGCGUUGCUCAGUGCCGCCAUCUGUAAGCGAGCGCGAAGAACUGCUUCCUCAACGUGUCCACUCGCUAACUGACUCUGAUAUCGAAGCUAUGAAAUGUGAAGCAAAACAAGACGUUAUUGAUAACACAACAUCAGAACCAUUAUAUGCUGAAAUACCUUGUUGGCGACCACCCUCAGAGCAUGCAAUAGAAGUUGUUAAUCUAAACGGCGAAGCAGUAACCGAAUUAUGACCUGAAUAUAUUUAAAAUGUUCAAACAAAAGUAAAGACACCGCUCGUUCAAGUACACUCGGGGCACGCUAGAUGGCGCUGUACUAUGAAAUUAUGAUUUGUUCUCUUUUGGUAAAUUAUUUUAUAUCGUGUUCUACU